GAAAGAAUAGUCGCCACCCGGCCAGCGGGUAACCACGAAGCGUGGCUUCUCCGGCAGCUGCUGGUUUUGACUCCACUUCCCACCGACGGGGUCCUAUUCCGGAGAUCAGAGAAGAACGCGAUCAUCCGGGGUGGGACCGAAGGGGAGAUGAUCGGCCAUUGCUGUGCUGCCUUGUCUGCACAAGGCAAACGACAACGUCGACAAGGGCUUGGAAAUUUUGCUUUUGGUGAGGUGGCUCGUAGGUAGAAAUGAAAGAAGUCCGCGUUUUCGGUGCCCGUCCUUUUCCUGAGGAGUCCAUUACUCGGCCUUGUAAUUAUUUUCUUGCCUUAAUUUUUGAUAAGGCAGCAGAAGGAAGGAAAGAAGAGGGGGAGAUGAAGGGGGGAAAUGGGAGGGAAGAAGAUGGAGUGAGGAGGGCGAGGGAAUGGCUGGAGUCGGUGAAAUGCCUGGCGGAGAAAGAAGGGACGCACGAGUACCUCGCCAUCGCCGGCCUGAGGUUCGUCCGCACCGAGCGCGCCCGCUUCGUCUGCUCCCUCUGCGUCCCCAGAUCGGUCACGGACAGUGAAGGGAAGUGGAGCAGAGGAGCCAUGGCGACGCUGAUGGACGACAUGUGCGCCCUUGCCGUUAUGUCGUAUGACCUACCAACCCCAAUUUCCGUGGAAUAUUCCAUCUCUUACUUCUCAGAGGUCGCGGCCAAGGAGGAAGUGGAGAUCGAGUCCAGGGCAUUGACACACAAGGGGAAGCUGUGGGCCGUGGUGGUGGAGAUCAGGAAGAAGGCGACCGGGGAGCGUGUGGCCCUUGCAAGGCAAUGGAUGGCCGUAACUAGCAAAAUUUGAAGGCAAACAAGAGCUUUCUUUCACAUAUAUUUCUGUUAACUGUGAAGGUCCUCCCUAACUUUUUCAGCAAUCUGCGUUCGCGGUGUACUGCGGAGAUCGUCCGUAUCCAUUCGAGUACGCUAUCACUUUCGAGGAAAUCCCUGACUAAAAUAUAGCAAGUGGUUAUGAGUCUUUAUGAUCAGAUUUACAAUUUAGAAACAGAAAACCUUAUGAAUCUCUUAUUGAUGUCAUUUAAUGUUGUUAACAUAAUUAUCUCAUUUGUAAAUUAUAUAUAGAGUUGUAAACCAUGGUAAAAAAAAAGGGGGAAAGAAAUAAAGUUUAUUGAAUUAUCUUUUUCUUCA